AUGGAUACUGUUGGAAUAUUGGUAUGCUACAAUGGAAGUUGGGUUAAGAAGGAUAACAUUAAGAGUUACGAAGGUGGGGAGGCUAAAGGCAUAAUAGUGUCACGGAACGUAACGUUUUUCGACCUUGUUCAACGCAUUUAUAAGAUCAUGGAUGCAUAUCCCACGAAAUAUAUUGUCACACUGAUGUAUUCAGUUCCUGUAUCCUCAUCUGUCUGUAAGCACAUAAGGGUUGAAGACAAUGAUGAUGUUCAGUAUUUUCUAAAGUACAACACAGAUGUUAUGGCCUCUAAAGUAACCCCUUUAGUAGCAAGCUUGAAAAAUAUUGAAGGUCAUGGUAUUGAAGGGUGCAAUGGCAUUGUAAGUGUUGAGAGUAGCAAUGCUCCUACUAACUUUGUUGUGGAACAAAGAAAUGUGGUAAUUCGGGACAAUGAAACUGAAAAUGGUGGGAAUGAUUUUAAUUGGAGUGAUUGGGUUGAAGAAGUGAAUGUUGAAAGUGGUGAAAACAUAGUUGCUGAUUUCAAUGCACCUAGCAAGGAAGAGGAACCACACUCUGCUCCGAUUUUGCACCCUCAUGAGGUGCAAUCCAAACCUCCCCGACAAUCAAGUUCGACUGAAAUGCACACAAGUCGGGCUAAUUUGAAGCAUGGUAAGAGUUUGGAAUAUAUUCAUUAUGGUGGAGGCCUUUCGUGCAUAAAUUGGGAAGCAAAUUUGAAGCUUCCUUGCCCUUGGAAAGUUCGGGCAUAUAAAGUUGGAUUACAUGAGUUGAAGGUUGUUAAAUACGAUCCACUUCAUGAAUGUGAUAUAAGGUAUGUAAGUAGUCAUCAUCCUCAAGCUACAACUGAAUUGCUGUCUGACUGUGUUAAGUGGAGAUUUCAGGAUUCACGCAGCAUUUAUACUACAGCUGAUAUCAAGAAAGAUGCGAAACAAAAUUUCGGUGUUAGCAUAAGCUACUCUACAGCGUGGAGAAGCCGAGAGUUAGCUUUCAAAAGAAUUAGAGGGUUUGCAGAAGAGUCGUAUUCCCUUCUCCCUUCCUAUUGUUAUGAAUUGGAACGAUUGAAGUCGUCAAUGCGGCCCGUGAUUGCUGUUGAUGCUACCCAUUUGAAGUGCAAGUAUAAAGGUGUUUUGUUUGUUGCGACCGCAUUUGAUGGAAAUCGGAACAUAUAUCCUGUUGCCUUUGGGAUUGGAGAUUUAGAGACGGAUGCAGCUUGGGAGCAACGUCGAGAUUUAGCAAUGAAAUCUCAUUCUACAUUGUGCCCUGAUUUUGGGGAAAAGAAGUUAAGGAAGAGGUUAGACGCUGCGUCAAGGAUGAAUGUGGUCAAAAUCAAUGAUGUCGAGUAUAAUGUUCUGGAUGGUGAUUUGAACGGUCUGGUGCACUUGCAAAAUCGUAGUUGUAUAUGCAGGAAGUUUGACUUGGAGCAACUCUCGUGCAAGCACGCUAUUGCGGUAUGUCGGCACUCGAAAUUGAACCCCUACUCCUUUGCCUCUUCUUAUUAUACACGAGCUACAUGGGCAGCUGCAUAUACUGAAUCUAUUUAUCUUGUACCACCUGAAGGCACAUGGGUUAUUCCCGAAAACUUGAAGAAGGUCAAAAUCCUCCCUCCUCUUUCUAAGGUUAUGCUGGGCCGUCGCAAAAUGCAAAGAAUAGCUUCUAAAGGAGAGGAGUCCCGUCAAAAAAAACGCUCAAGGUGUGGUGUGAAGGGCCACUACUGA